AUGUAAACAAAAACAUGUGCUAACAGUGCGACUUUCGUGUGGCUUACAUUGCUUUGUAAUAAUUUCAAAGAGCGUUGGCCUUAUUGUAGAAACUGUUAUUCUCCUUUGUCGGGUGACCGUUUAGCAGAAAUACAACAUGUCGAAGUCUACUUCAAAGAAGAAGACCCAAAAUCAUAAAAAGAAGGACUUGCAUCCAAACUCGCGAAAGGUGAAGCAACUAGCGCGGAAACAACUACACAAAAUCAAAAUUCAAAAACGCAAGACAGAGCACUCACAAAGGAAUCGGACUAGAAUGGAAAAGUUUGCUUUUUUUCACAAAUGUUUGCCUGAAGAUGUUAAUAGACUUAAUGGUAACGAGGUAAAGCACAUUAUCGACGGGUACUUUUGUCGGUUCGACGACGAAAUCGCUGAAACCGAUCGGUUACUCCAAAUGCGUGGCAACACGACCCAACAUGCCGGCCGCAUGGACGCUAUUAAAAUGACUUUAGAUAAAGAAAAACAGGAAUUUCGUAGUGCUACAUUUGAAGUUCCGGAUCUUUUAUCAACGGACGGUUUCCAAAUAUUUCGUGCCUGGGACCUAAAGGAAAGCUACCUACCGAAGAUCAAAACUAGAAUGGUGUCUCCGCAUGUACUGGCUCAACUCAGUUGAUGUUAAGUAAUUCUACUUACCCGUUUUUAAGAAUGCGCAAGUCGAAUGUAUAUCGUUAUGUUCAACUUCAGAACUAUUUUUCAGAACUGCGCAGGACAGCUCAUUUUUUAUUCUGUUGAAUUCUAGAGAAACUCAAGUUAAUUCAAUACUUAAAAAUUAAAAGAUACGUAUACACGUACCUAAUAAAAAUUACCUUAUUGGCUCCACCUUUAUGUA